CCGAGUAGCAGCUACAAGCAGGAGGGUUAAGAGAAUCGAAAGUGAGAACCGACGACGAUGUCAAGAAGGGUAGUCAUACCCGCUACCAUCCAUUCCACUCAUUCCACCGAAUCACAACCUUUCGUCUAUGAUCAUACUUCCAUAGCCGGCCCUUCGAGGGGACCUUCUUAUGGCUCUACCAAUGACAAUACCAAUAAAUUGAACGAUUGGGUGGAAGAAGAUGAGACUCGUCUAUUUGGAAAUGACAUACCUGAGUCAGUGGAAGAGGAAUAUAUGAAUGAAGAUGACUCUCCUAUCAUUCAAGUGUCUUGGAGAUACAUGUCAAGGCUUUACCUAUUGGUACCUCUCAUAUCUCUGAUAUGGCUUGCUCUCCUCAUUCUACUAGUCACGUUCGCUUGGCCUCCUACGGAAUACGAACGAACUGCAGGACAAAAAUAUCCACAUCCAUUCCUUCCUUGGCCAUUUCUCACUGGAAUUUUUGCAUCAUGUACAGUUCAAAUCCUUAGAGAACCUAUAUGGGUCAUAUCCUCCUUCUUGACUUCUCACCCUACUCCCAUCUCCACUAUCGUACAUACGUUAUUACAUGAACUUUUACGAUUAUCAACGUUACCGAUCAUUGUCCCCUCCCCAGUCUCGGGUUUUCACUCUUCAUAUUAUCUAGGAUUAGGUUGGGGUACAGCAGAAGUUACUUGGGGAGUGGUGAAAGGAUGGGAACAAUUAACUUCAUAUGAAGAUAUCAUGCGAUCUCUUCCUUCCCCCAGCGCUUCCCAUUCUCCUCUUCUUGAACCUUCAGUUCCCAAUACGCAAGGGAAGGAUAUACAGAGUGUCGUUCCUUCAUCUUCGGUGGGGACGGAUGUAGAGGAAGAUUUGGAAUUACAAAGGGAGAUGGAAGAUGAAGAAGAACUUUUCAAAAAAGUUGAUAUACUUGAACGUAUGCGUGCUCGAAGGGAAUUAGAAGAAGUUAUUGGUAUUCCCUUCCCAAACAUACCAUUCCCUUUACAUCUUUUAUGGCGAUUAGACACCUUACUUCUUAAUCUUGGUCUCACACUUAUCAUUUCAUCAUUCUAUUUCAACCCUCGACCGAUAUAUCAUCAUCCUUCCAUUAAUAUUACAGAACUAGCGACGGUAGCACGAGGAAUACCUAGCAAGUGGUUGUGGUUAGCUUGGACAUUAGUGGUGAUUCUGCAUUUGAUAGUGAAUCUAACUUGGAAAGUCGUCGGAAGAGUCGGUGUGGGGGCUGUGACGUGGGGCGGUUUAAUAGUAGCUCUUGGUAGUGUUUUUGCCGGUCUGGGUUGCUGGGGUGGUCUUGUCAACAAAUCUGACCGGCAUGAAACUGGAACCGAAACUACUAUCUCGCUAUGCAAGAUCUACCAUCCGACUAGACAACUUGAACCACGUUUGUCAGAAUUGGUUCUCCUGUGGGAUAGGGAAGCAGUCCGCGGAGGGUGGGUUGGAUGUCUAAGGCGAUGGCGACGAAGGGGUGAAUCGACCUCCCUUCAAUCUAAUGCGAUGCUCGGACUCCGGUUUCACACUCAGUCAAAAACAGGGACUUUAGGACAUGAACACUUUGCACCUUCUUUCACGACCCCUCACACAACACAGUUCAUCAGUCAAGUGAAUACUUAUGGAUUCGAACAAUUUAUCUUCGCAUACCGUUGGCUCGCUAGGGAGACUCUGCGCGCCGUACAACUCUCGAGAGGUACUACUCUCGAGUACGGAGUCUUAUCGGGUACAUCGUUCAACAGGCCCCACUCAUCUAUGGAAGAUGCCCCUCAGAUUACCAGGAGCUUCACACUGCCUACACAACUCUCUGAGCCAUCCCUUACGUCAGAUCGGAGGGACGAUGGUUCUCAAAUGCUUCUGGAUCUCCCUUCAAAUAGCUCUCCUCCUUCUGCAGUCGUGUCGGAACCGGUCUCUAUGGACGAGGUGAUGUCGGAUUCGCCUCCGGAUUGUCAGCAGGGGGCAACUAGACGUGAAGCCACAGAGCAACCGGACAUCCCCAUGUCUAACGACAUAUCAAGUACGAGUAUGAUUCAACCAUACACGAUCAGUGCCGCUUCAACCACAUGUCUUGGUAAACGUCCGCUUGAUGGCGAACAAGAUGUUUCUGAGGCGAAGCGUUCCCGUAUUGACACACCGAUGACAGGGCAAUGA